GUGUUUACUUCCGGGUUGUGGCAGUCGAAAACAAGAGGGGCAGCAGCACGCCCACGGACACCGAGCAAAGCGGAUUAAAGCGCCGCAGACAUGGCAGGGGAGUCCGAGGACGAGAUACCAGAAUCAGGAGCAGUUUUCACUUUUGGAAAGAGCAAAUUCGCCGACAAUGUCCCCAGUAAAUUCUGGCUUAAAAACGACGUCCCGUCAAAGAUCGCCUGUGGGGACGAGCACACCGCCUUAAUCACAGAAAAUGGGAAACUCUUCAUGUUUGGCAGCAACAACUGGGGCCAGCUGGGUCUGGGGUCCAAAGUGACGGUGAACAAGCCCACUUGUGUCAAAGCCCUGAAGUCAGAGAAAGUUGAGUUCGUGGCCUGUGGGAGAAACCACACUCUGAUCUCCACAGCUCAGGGGAAGGUGUUCGCCUCAGGGGGGAACAGUGAGGGUCAGCUGGGGCUCGGCGACUGCGAGGAGAGGACAGCCUUCCAGAGGGUCGCGUUCUUCGAUUCACGAGGGCCAAUCAAAAUGCUCGCUGCCGGGUCGAACACCUCCGCCGCUCUCACAGAGAGCGGUAAACUGUUCAUGUGGGGCGACAACACGGAGGGUCAGAUCGGUUUGGGGAAGGAGAGCCACGCCUCGUCGCCACAGGAAGUCAGCGUGGGGCAACCAAUCAGCUGGGUGUCCUGUGGGUACUACCACUCUGCCUUCGUCACAGUGGACGGAGCUCUGUACACGUUUGGUGAGUGUGAUAGUGGCAAACUGGGCCUGGGCACCGACCAGCUGCCUCGACACCGAGUCCCUCAGCUGGUGAAGAGCGUCAAGGAGCCCGUGGUUCAGGUGGCCUGUGGAGGAGGACACACGGUGGCACUCACAGAGGACGACGUGUUCACGUUUGGUCUCGGUCAGUUCGGCCAGCUCGGUCACGGGACGUUCAUCUUUGAGUCCCGGCUGCCGCGGCCUGUCGAGCACUUCAAGAGAGGCCGAGUGUGUCAGGUGACCUGUGGAGAGAACCACACUGCCGUCAUCACAGAUGGCGGCCUGCUGUACACGUUUGGAGACGGCAGACACGGGAAACUGGGCCUGGGAGAAGAAAACUUCACCAACCAGUUUAAACCGACUCUGUGUCCACGUUUCCUCAAGUACAACGUUCAGGCCGCUCCGUGCGGCGGCUGCCACAUGGUCGUGUUGGCUCGGCCGCGGGAUCCGAGCUGCACUGACGUCAUUCUGGAGGAAGACGACGUGACGGAAGAUUACCUGGAGAAGCCUUACGUGGAGCUGCUGGGGGACACGACGGACUCCUCCACCCUGCAGAGGAGCCUCUCUGCUCGGGUCCGCAGGAGGGAGAGGGAGAGAUCUCCGGACCAGUUCGGCACCAUGUUCCACACGCUGCCCGCCAUGACGCCCGGCUACCUGCACCCGCCGCUGCCCGUCUCCAGCCACACCAUCCCGCCCAGACUGCCUCCACCUGAGCUGACCCACAGAAAGGUGCUCAAUGGCACUCACCAGGAGCAGACAGGAGGCGAGACAGACAGCGUUGUGGAGAGCCUGACUGACACGGACAGUGUUAAAGGCCUCGGAGAAACCACGGACUUCCUCAACAUGACACACGUGAUGAAGAUGGACCCCGGUGAUAAAACACUCACUCUGUCUCCAGUUCAGAAGAGGAAGGGUAAGCAUGGUAAGACCACUAAAGGGCAGAGAGAGAACCCAGUGAAGGAGAGUAAGCUCCUGAAGCAGAGCAGCUUCUCUUCCACUUCCCCGUCUCGUGGCAGCAAGGCUGUGUCUCCUCGCCGUCCGCUACCCACGGAGCUCCUGAGGAGCCCUGGCGCUCGGUCUCUGGCUCCUCAGAGCCCACACAGACUCAGAACAACCAACAAAGAGAAUCUGACCAUGGAGGAGCUGCAGAGGAAGCCCAGUAAGAACAAACCGAGCGUAGGGGACAUUAGGAAGGCGGCGUCCAAGCAGCGGCUGAGGCCAGCUCAGGGGAAGAGCCAGCUGAUAGAGGUCGGCAGGAAGCUGGAGUCUAAACAAAGUCCUGAAACCAGGAAGAUGGUUGUUUCAGGCGCAGAGAAAGUGAAGCCGUCGAAACCUAAAAGCAAACCGAUAGCAGUGCGAAGUGCAGGAGCUAGCUCGCCACGCUCACCUGGGUUUCACCUGGGUGACGCUUUGGAUGACGAGAGCUCAGGUCGACGUCUCUCCGAGGUUAGAAAGAAAUCUAAAGACGCAGAUUUUUCUAAAAAGUCCAAGAACGAGAAAAACAAAAAAGAGGCAGAAUCAAACAAAGAAACUUCGUCGAAGCUCGGCCUGCUUGCCGGAGCGGCCUCGCUCGCAGCAGGGUCGGUGUUAGUGCAUGAGGUGGCGUCCAGAAGCCGUUUGAGCUCGCCGUCGCUGUCCGAGAGCAGCCAUAGCGCCAGGAAAGACAGUACGACAAAGUCACGGAGCGAGGAGUCCGAAAGUGGUGCUGCGGAUGUUAGCAACAAGUCCGCCGUCAGCAUCAACAUCAUACCUGAUAGUUCUGAAGGCAGGACGAGUCAGGACGAGAAGGACACGAGUCAGGACGAGGAAGACACGAGUCAGGACGAGAAGGGAAGGAGUCAGGAUGAGAAGGACACAAGUGAGGACGAGAAGGACACGAGUCAGGACGAGAAGGACACGAAUCAGGACGAGGAAGACACGAGUCAGGACGAGAAGGGAAGGAGUCAGGAUGAGAAGGACACAAGUCAGGACGAGAAGGACACGGUUGAGGAUGACAAGGACACAAGUCAGGACGAGAAGGGAACGAGUCAGGAUGAAAGUGAGGAGGAGAGUAAGGACUCUACGACGGUCAAACAGGAGGAGGAGGAGGAUGAAGAUGAGGAAGAGCAGAGAACCAGUGCAGAUGUAAGCGAGGAAGAGGAAGAGGAGGAUGUCAGUCACAUCAAGAAAGUAACAGAAGAAGAAGACGAAGAUGACGAAGACAGCAGCACUCUUCAACCAGAGGAUGAGUCGGAAAGCGAAGCAGGCGAGGAGGCAAGUGGGGAUGAGGAGGAAGACAGCGCUGAGGAAGAGGAGGAGGAAGAGGAAGAGGAAGCGAGCGCGACGGCAGGAAGUGAAAGUGAAGACGAGACUGAAUCAAAGGAGAGCAAAGGAGGUGAUGCAGGAGAGGAAGAGGAGGAGGAGGAGGAAAGUGAGGAAGGGUCGAGUCAGGAGACAGAGAGCAAAGGAGGAGAGUCUGAACAUGAUGAGGAGGAGGAGGGUGAGGAAGAAGAAGAGGGGGAUCUGGAAAAAGAGGGUGAGGAGGAGGAGGAAGGUGAGGGUGAGUCUGCUAAGUCGUCUGAGGAGGAAGAGGAGAGUGAGGUAGAGAGUGAGACAGAGGGAGGAGAAGAGGAGGAGGAAGCAGAGGAGGGGGAGGAGAGUAGUGCAGCGGAGGAAGAGGAGGAGGCAGAGGAGAGUGAAAAUGAAGAGGAAGCAGAGGAGGAGAGUGAAAAUGAAGAGGAAGAGGAGGAAGCAGAGGAAGAGGAGGAAGAGAGUGCUGAGGAAAAAGAGAGUGAGAAGGAAGUGGUAGAAGAAGAGGAGGAGGAGGAGGAUCAAGAUAGUGAGGUCGAGGAGGAAGAGGCUGAUGAGGAUGAGGAGGAAGAGGCUGAUGAGGAUGAGGAGGAGGCAGAAGAAGAAGAGGAGGGGGAGGAAGGUGAAGAAGAAGAAGAAGAAGAAGGAGAAGAUGAGGAAGAGGAUGUUGUCAAAAAGAAAAAGUCAGCUGAGGUCAGAAGCAUUAAGUCCAGAGGUAAACAGAGGUCAGGGGUCAAAGGUCAGGCAGCAGAUGAGUCAGAGGAGUUUUGGGACGACGUGUUGCCGCAGUACCUCAACCUGAAAUAACUCUAAUAAUCAACAUGAUCAAUAUUUUUAUCUGUGAAACAUCAGGAAACAACAGAGCCCAGUUUCAAACAUAUACAUUCACACCGGCGCUAUUUGGUCCACUUUAAACGAACCCUGGUCCGCUUCCACAGAUAGUUCGGUUCGUUUGGAGUGGUGUGAACGCUCAUUCGAACUCUGGUGCAGAACCAAACGAGCGAAACCGUGUCCGCUUAAAAAACUGGGGGUCUUGGUUCACUUGCAAGUGAACCCUGGUGCGGUUCGCUUACAGUGGGAAAUGCAAACGGACUAUCCAGCGAACCAAAGAGAGGGAGUGAACCAAAGACAGGAAGUGAAUCAAAGAGAGGAAGUGAAACAAAGACAGGAAGUGAAUCAAAGAGAGGAAGUGAAACAAAGACAGCAAGUGAAACAAAGACAGGAAGUGAACCAAAAACAGCGCGACCCGGGAGAAGCAGUUUUUAAAUUGUUUAGCGAGAGGUUCGCUUCUUAAUCGUGUUUUUUUCUUGUCUUGUCUUGUCUGUUGUCGUUUCGGGCAACGCUGCCCCCAAACGCGCAGCUGUUAUAACUGCGUGACGUUGUCCUGGCGGUUUGGUCCGCUUUAAAAAGUGCAGUGUGAAAAUGAACCAAACCAAAUGAAGGUGCGAAAUUUUUCGGCAGUCCCAGCCCAAUUGAACCAAGUCCCCCGGACUAUCCUGGUGUGAAUACGCCCCAAGGUUCAAAAUGGCACAAAUGGGCUUCCAUAGCUAUUAGCCGUUAGCAUUAGCAUAGUGUUGAGUGUAGCUUUAACAAUGGAUCAGAUCAUUAGAGCUCGUAGUGACAAAGUAUCAUCAGCAACUGUACGACUCUCCUGAACUUCUUCUAGCUCAAAGUUUUACGACCCACGGCUUCAUCGUCUUGGCGACAGUCGACCUCCAGGUGAAGUCGUAUCUUCAGGUCAAACUAAAACUGUGUCUCUGGCCCUUUGGCCGAUGUUACAAAGUGAGUUUCUCCAUAAAUCUUCCUGUUUACAAACUAUUACGUGAGAGUGUUUAUCGCCAGCCAGUCUGUAUGAAUCUGAAGCUACACGAGGAUAAGAGUUUGGGGACGAACCAGGUCCCUGAACGUCUCACUCAUGGUGCCUUUACUGCUCAUAUUCCUGUCAUUCUUAUCUCAUCAUCUUAUUCACUUCUCAUGUGAUGACACGUUUCUAUUUCCGUCUUCAUGUUUUAUUCACAACUGCUUUUUAUAAUGCUCGUCUUAAACUUUGCUUUUAAAGAGUGUGUUUACGUCUUUCUGUGGCAGCUUGAAAUGGUUCAUGUGGGUAAAAGAAAGGAAAGUUUUUAGUUUAUUUUGGUUCAGUAUUUUAGACACAGUGAAGAGAAGGAGUUGGAAACAUCAGUGGUAAAUAAAAAAUAAGAUGCCAGUACUUUAUUAUUCUCCAGACAGGCUGCUUUGAUUAAAGAUUUACAUUUUUAUUUUAUUUCAUCUUCUGCUUUUUACUUUCUUUGUCUGUUUUUGUUCAUUUCUGUGUUUGUAAUAAAUAUUGAUAUUUAUUUCAUUCAUUUUGUUU